UCUCUUGGCAGCCGACCAGUGCGACGGUGGCGACCUCCUCUUCAUUUCCGCUGCGGCCAGACACGUACGUGCAAAACGCAUGAGUUUUGCAUUCGAAGGCUAGAAUUUCGACUUUCCGCUGUGUUGAUUGUGCUCAAACGACGCUCGCAAUGGCUGGUACCCUGUAUACUUAUCCGGAUAACUUCCGCGCCUACAAGGCCCUGAUUGCGGCCCAGUUCUCCGGUGCCAAGGUGACGGUUUCGCCAAAUUUCGUGUUCGGCGAAACGAACAAGAGUGCCGACUUCCUGAAGAAGUUCCCACUUGGAAAGGUUCCGGCUUUCGAAACCGCCGAUGGCAAGUUCCUGACCGAGAGCAACGCUAUCGCGUACUACGUUUCGAACGAGCAGCUGCGGGGCAAGAGUGCUUUGGAGCAGGCCGAAGUUCUGUCGUUCCUGUCGUUCGCGGACAAUGAGCUGCUGCCGGCGGUGCACGCCUGGGUUUUUCCGGUCAUCGGAAUCAUCCAGUUCCAGAAGAACAACGUGGAACGUGCCAAGCAGGACCUGAAGGCCGCCCUGGCUGCCCUCAAUGCUCGUUUGAUCCACCAAACCUUCCUUGUUGGUGAGCGUCUGACUCUGGCCGACAUCGUUGUCUUCGCCACACUGCUCAAUGCCUACGAAUAUGUGCUGGACCCAUCGUUCCGGGCACCGUUCGGUAGUGUGACCCGUUGGUUCACGACCGUACUGAACCAGCCUCAGGUUAAGGCAGUGGUUAAGAACUUUACGCUUUGUGCCAAGGCAGCGGAAGUCGACCCAAAGAAGUUCGCCGAGUUCCAGAGCAAGACGGCUGGAGGUGCUGGUGCUCAACAGAAGGAACCCAAGGAGAAGAAGGAAAAGAAACCGGCCCCGGCCAAGAAGGAACCGGAACCUGCCGAGGAAAUGGAUGCUGCCGAAUUGGCUUUGGCAGAGGAACCCAAAUCCAAGGAUCCGUUCGAUUCUCUGCCGAAGGGAACAUUCAACUUCGACGACUUCAAACGGUGUUAUUCCAACGAGGAUGAAGCCAAGUCCAUUCCUUACUUCUGGGAAAAAUUCGAUACGGAGAAUUACUCGAUCUGGUACGGAGAAUACAAAUACCCCGAAGAACUGACCAAGGUAUUCAUGAGCUGCAACCUGAUCUCGGGCAUGUAUCAGCGAUUGGACAAGAUGCGUAAGCAGGCCUUCGCUUCCAUGUGUCUGUUCGGCGAGGACAACAACAGCACAAUCUCCGGCAUCUGGGUCUGGCGUGGACAGGAGCUGGCCUUCACUCUGUCCCCCGAUUGGCAGGUCGAUUACGAGGUUUACGACUGGAAGAAACUUGACCCCAAGUCCGAGGAAACUAAAAACCUGGUCAAGCAGUACUUCUCUUGGACUGGAGCCGACAAAGCCGGUCGCAAGUUCAACCAGGGUAAAAUCUUCAAGUAAAUUAGCAAAUGAACGGUUUGCUCUUAGAGGAAAAUAAACAACUAUUUAAAAACAGAAACGGUUACACAAUAAACCUCAAUCUAGAUUAGAAAGUUCCGGUUUCCUGUGUGAGGGCUUUAUAGUCAAUCAACAAAAGUAGAUGUCCGUCUCUCUCAUGCCGCCGUGCGAUACGACGGUUUUUUUUAAUAGUAUGAACAAAUCUCGGACCCGCUAAGAAGAUCAUCGUCAACGACCAGGUGCAAGGAUAAGUAACUCAAAUUCGUUAUCAACAGCAGCGAAACAAAAGCCAACCACAGCUAAGCAAGAAAGAAACAACCUUUUUUGUUAUAAAAUAAAAUUCACAACACUAAUAAGACUACAA